UCAUCAAUGUUUUGGCAAAGAAUUCAAAUUAUUCCCUAUUAUGUUAUACCUUAUCAGAAAGCUGAAGAAUUGUAGAUAUUUUAACGCACAUUUGCAGCACAGUUGUCAUAGACUUUUUUUUAAAUAUCCCACAAAGAAAAACGACUUAUCACAAAUUUAUUAAUUUCUUUUAACAUUCGAUCGUCUGCUACGACUCAGUUGGUACAGUUAUUUACAGUUUUAGUUUUUAAAAUAAUAAAGCAACUAAUCUACUACACAAAAAAGCAAAAACAAAACAAAAUUUAGCCACCAAAGACAAAACAAGGGAGAAAUAGCCAAAAAAUGGGAAAUUUUAUCAAAAAAGUUAAAAUGCCGAUAAUUUGAAAACGGUUAAGUUUGGGAUAUGGGGUCCCAUGGUCAAAUCAGUCAGGAAUGAUGUAAACUAUCACGUCUUAAAGGAUUUAGGUCGACUUACCCUUUAACCCUGUAUACUUACCUAACUCGGAAAAAUGUCCCCAAUACAUGUCAUGCGCUGAUUUACUAGUGGAUACUUUGUUAGAAUGUAAUAUUUCUACGUCCUUAGAGGUAUCUAUCCCUAUUUGUUAAUUGUUAUAUCAAAAAAAAAGAAAACACUUGCUUUUAAUAUUUCCCUGAAACAUAAAAUUUUAUGAAGUACAGUAAGAAAUACGACGAAUAUAUUACGAAUAUACCUGGCUAUGUGCACUUGUGAAUCAGUCAUGUUUCGAAUCAAAAUCGAAAUCUGUUGGAAAAAAUAAAACUUUUCGUAAUAUACAUAUAAAAGAAUAAAACAAAUUUAUUUCGAAUAAAGGUUCAUAAGACCCAUACAAUUACCAUUCCCAUACCACACAAUACAAUAAAAACUUUAGUAACAAACCCCGUUGUUUAUUGUAAUUACACAUUUACUAAACGAGGUAUUUUUCUUCCCUCGCCCCCGGGACGUUGGCACCCCUAUAUAUUCAGCCAGUCGAUCAGAUUCCCCCACCCGCCGCGGACGUCGCGCCGCGCCGCGCGCCUCCUGAAUAUCAUAUUUCCGAUAACAUAAAAACACUCGAACAGAAGUUCCACGUUUCUUUCGUAUUCACAAGAACAUCCCCAAGAACUGAUUAUCACAAAAUGGCGAGUGAGGAAAGAAAGGAUGAAGAUUUUCUGGCUAAGAAUAUGGAACAGCUGGAUCUCCGCGACCCUGAUGAAGCUCAAGCUGAUCCAAAUGACAAUAAUGUCAACAAUGAAGCUAAACAUGAGGUUGCCAUAACAGAAGCCAAACCAACAAUUGUCAAUGACUGGAUGUCACCAGUGGAGUUAUACGUGAAUGCUUUUAAAGCGGUGGUUACGCAUAUAGAUGACGAUGGCAUAAUGUACUUAUAUGACCCUAUGUUAGAUAAACAACGGCGCCUUAUUCGUACUAAACUAAACUUAAUGCUUUAUAAACGUUAUAGAGGUCCUGACCCAAAAGCUUUGCGUAGAAAAUAUAUAGUAGGAGAACCUUGCGUAGUGGUAGAAACUCGCUAUAAACCCUAUAGAGGGCGAAUAAUCCACGUGAAUGAAGAAAGCGCCACAUGUGUGGUGCACUAUAUAGAUUACGGCUUUGUGAAAAGCUGCUCAUAUGAAAAUAUAAGAAAAUAUGCACCGCUCCGCCACAUCCCACCGCAAUCACAUAAAUGUGAGUUAAAUCGUAUACGUCCCAAAGGAAAGAAAUGGGACAAAGGAACCUUAGAUUUCCUUAGCAGAGCGCUUCUUAACGUAAACGAUAAAUGCUUUGUAAGAGUGGUAGGUGAAGAAAUAAAUGGCAUCCGACCAAUAGAACUGAGGUAUGGGUCUUUGUGGGUCAAUGAUUACUUAGUAGAUAUUAAUAAAGCACAAUACAAAACAGGAUGGAUACUUGAAAAGAACGAAGAAGUAAUAAUCCAACAAGAUGUAAGCUCAAAGGCAAAGAACGACAACUCUACAAGAACUACCUACAGAAAGUGCCAAGUUCCCGUAUACCCAAAGCCAAGAGAUAAAGAAGUAUGAUGCAUGCUAGUAAAUCUUACUGAUAUUGGUACGUUACCACUGCAAUGUGGUAUAUUUAAAUAUUUUUGUGUCUUCGGCCUUUAUGACGUUAUGGAUGAAGACAUGCAGAUAAAAUAUAAGAUUAUGGAACCAUUGCAAACUGUCUUUGAAAACAAGGCAUGUAUUGCACUAUGCCCAAAUGACCAACACUGGUAUCGUGCUUCAAUUUUACAAUAUAACCAAGCAAAAAAUCUCGUUAGAAUAAGGUAUAUUGAUUACGGGGACUCUGAUGUUAUCCCGGUAAGUGAUACUCGAGAGAUUUGUUCGGAGUGGAUGUGGAUACCUCCUGCCAGUUUGAAUGCCAAAAUGUUUGGCAUGCAGUUGAACCCCGAAAUGGAUCUCAGUGUUGUAGUAGAACAAUGCUCAAGAAUAUUGUUUGAAGCGGAAAAUUUCAAAGCGCAUAUUUUGGGUUACGAAGGUUCAUUGCCGUUGGUAGAGCUUAAAUAUAUUACUGGAGAAAGCCUACAAUCCGAAUUUAUUAAACGCGAAAUUUUUAUAAAUUGUUCAACAAGUGUUGUGAGACAUAAUGCGUUAAUCAAAAAUAACUUUGCACUCACACGUGUGAGAAAUUUUAAUUCAGAUUUAGCUGACACGUCAGAUACUGAGUAAGUAUACUCAUCAUGUACAUAUCGAGACCAAUUAAAUUCGGUUGUUAAGCUAUUACACUCUAUGAACUACUACUAUGGCAUUGCAGCACUCAUGUAUAGAUAUUAGUUAUGUCAAAAGCGCAGCGCUUCUUGCGACCCUUACCUAUGUUCUUACCGUAAAUUGAAGGAAUUUUCAAUAUCGAAUAUUAUGUAUUUAAAAAUUUAAUGCUUUACUUUUAAUUUUUACAUUUUAUUUCAUUGAUUCGCUAGUGUACUUUGACUGAAUACAUUUUGUAAAAUAGCCGAACCGAGUACCUCCUCCUGUUUUGAAGUCGGUAAAAACUAUCGUUACUUUUCUCAUUUAAAAAAUCUAACCUAACAUAAUCUCACGACAAAAUCUGACCAUCGUUCGUUCAUGUUGGGAAUUGUAACUAUGUCACUGUCUAUCAGAUUAUUAUCUAUCUCGCAAUAAGUCACUAUCGAAUAAAAUAACUUAUCAAAAGAUUAUAAUAAUAAUUUAUCGUGUUAUUACAUUCGUAUGAUGGUAAACGGAUCCACCAAUCAGAGAAUUGUUUAACUGGCCAACCUGCAUAAUUCAAGUCUUACCAAUUUCUGGUUACAGUAAUCGAUUUCCAUUAUACACAAGUUUGUUCCGGAUUAGGCCCUACUAGGCCCAGUCUGUGGCGGUUUCCUUUGAUACCUAGAAGUGAAACUUAUCAAUAACUUGAAUAAGCAACUCUAGCGUUAAAGCUGUAAUCUAACUAUGUACCGUAUACCGUUCUAACAUUUCCGAUCGCUUCCCAAAAGGAGGAAGUCCUCAAGUCGGCUUUGCUCCUUGUUUAUGUUACUGAUGCACAUCGAUUAUGCCGCAAUUUGUGGUCGUAAAUUAUAAGCACAUAUCACGAUUAUUCUUAAAAGUUCAUAAAGUUUUUCAAGCGUCUGAAUCAUUAUAAUUAAAAUCAAUGAACUGAUAUUAUGUAAGGUCCAACUCGUCAAUAGUUAGGAGUUUGAAGAUAUAGAAUAGAUUUGAAGAUACUAUUAGAUAGCAUUUAUUAAAUCUGAAUAAUUAUGGAAGUAUUUAUUAAAUCCGGUUAUGAUAGGACUUAUUCAUUAUGUAAUUGUAUAAGAGUUAUUGCACUUAAAUUCUCACAUUGUUGUUAGCUAAGCUCAUUGUCUGUGCUGUGCUUACAGACACAUAGGUACAUACCAAAUUGAAUGUUGAGGACAUCUUUAAAAUAUUGAAAUUCUGUAAACACUACAGGUUUUCAUAACUCAUACUUAAAAAGAAAUCUUCUAUUAUUCUAGUUUUGUGAGUUAAUUUGAUUGUGGUAACACUUGUACCUUCAAAUUGCUAUUAAAUAGUACCUAAUCAAAUGGUAUUUAAUACCUAUAUAUUAUUAUUAGAUUUAAUGUUAGACUGUAGAUUGUGAUGUGUCUUCUCCCAUGUUUUACUUUAAUUAUGAGAUCUCAAUAUUAAUCGAAUGGAUGUCAUACUUUACCAGACUUAAUCCGAUUGUUCAAUUAAUUUCAACUAGUGGAUGAUUAUAUAGACAAAAAUAUUUUAUUUGGUAAUAAAGAACAUAUUGCUAUGCUUAAACUCUUGUCAAAGAUUUAAAAUACAUAUAUAAGCAAGACAUGAUUAUAAUACAGUUGUUCAUCAUAGUAUUUAUCGAUAACUAUAGUUGUAUGCUUCCAGUUCAGCAACUCUGCUCUGGCAGAUAUUAUGUAGUUUAUAGUUUUAAGUAAUUAAUAAGAAAAAUAGCCUAUAGCAGUUUCUGUCACCUUAUUCAUUAUGUACUUGAAAUUUAAAACGGCUACAUUUGGAAGUCCUACUAUGUUGCUUAUUAAACUCAUUAUAUUUUCAUUUUGUGGGCACGUUACUGCGCCAAUUGGCCCACACAUUAUACUUGAACGCUGUGCAUAUAUUUAAUUGAUAUUUUGUAUAUACUUUGUAUAUUUGUGUCCAUUGUCGAUUUGCCUAAAUAUACUUAAUAAAUAAAUGAAUGAACAAAUAAA